GGUCAAGUGAACGCAGAUAGUUGCAGAAUGUUUAUCUCGGAGGGGCGAGUUUUGUCAGCAGUGCACCGGUGGGAGUCUUAGCGAAGACAUGGUCCAGGGAUUCAGCGCGGUCGUUCUGCUGGCAACCGCAGCUACCUGUGUGGUUUUGCUGCCAAUUGCAACAGUGGCCACGAAAGAACCAUUUGGGUUGGAUGAUAUCUUAUAUGGGGACUUUACACCAGAAUCGUUUACAGCCAAAUGGAUAAGUGCUUCCGUACUCCUCUUCGAGUAUGAGGACGAGGUACGCGCUUGGGACGUUUCUACAGAUGAGACGUACGACGUGGUGCCGAAGGAGGUAUUCGCAGAAUACAAGCCACUGAAACCAAAACUGUCGAGCAAUUGGAAGUACGUGCUUUUUGGCUACGAUGCACAGUGGAUAUUCCAGCAUGCAGGCAGUGCACGUUAUUUGGCGUAUACAAUGUCCAAAAACACCACGAUAGAAAUUGGCGGCGGUGAGCGGCUGCAGGCCGCAGUGUGGGGUGAGGAGCAGAGCCAGCUGGCCUACGUCUACAGGAACAACAUCUACUACCUGCCAGAACCUGGCGCCGAGCCAAUACAGAUCACCACGGAUGGCGUGCCCGACGUCAUCUUCAAUGGAGUGUAUGACAUUUACAGUGGCGCAUCAUCGUCGCCGGAAGCCACCUUGGGAAACGACGCGGCUUUGGAGUUUUCGCCGGACGGGACUAAGCUGAUUUAUAUCCAGUACGACGUUACCCUGGUGGACAACGCCAGCUUCAUACUCGAGUACGGCUCGCCAGGAUCUCUGAAACACCAGUACGCCACGCCAGUCACCUUCCGCUACCAGAAGGUCGGCAGGACAAAGCCUAGAGAAUAUCUUAAGCUCGUCACCUUGCCGUCUGAGAAUUCGACAUCCGUGACCACCCAAGAACUGGUGCCGCCAGUUGACGUUGUCGGCGAGGACUACUACAUUCAAGAGUCUGUUUGGAUGGAUGAAAACACUUUAAUGGUUUGGUUUUCCAAUCGCCUUGAAAACAUAACGCAGUUCGUCACCUACAACACCCGCAGCAAGUCGGCACAGAUUACUGGGGAAAAGGGCUUGAAAUUGGAGCAGAAAGGCGGCUGGUUGGACCAGCAGACGGUGCUAUACAGAUACGGAAGCCCUUCGUCUUUCCUGACCAUAGCAUGGCAGCCGCAGGGAGAUGCGGGCAGCUUCCCUCACGUUGUCAAAGUGACUGGGAACUCCAUAAAGGCCAUCACCUCUGGAGAACUGACAGUGACCGACUUGUACGCGUGGUAUGGGAAUGGUACAGUGUACUACCAGGCCACAGAGGAGGGUCAGCCGUCCAGACGGCAGGUGUACGCCGUGGACGAGGGUGGCGAGCCCCGCUGCCUCAGCUGCAGGCUCAAGAGUCCAGAGAAGAACCCCUGCCUGCGCGCCAGCGCCUCCUUCAGCGCCGACCUCAGCUGGUUCACCAUAGAGUGCAGUGGUCCCGACCCGCCUGUCGUCACUAUACACUCCACGGCCGACAACAGACGCAUUUCGCGGCGGGAGCACAGCAACACCGCGCUGCGUAAGAGGCUGUCCCACAAGCUACUGCCCCAGCAGCUGGACGACUGGGUGGAACUGGAGGGCGGCCUGCGCGCCCAGGUGCGGCUGCUGCUGCCGCCAGACCUCGACCCCGAGGGCGACGAGAAGAGGCCCGCCCUGCUCUACGUGUACGCCGGUCCAGGCCACCAGCAAGUAGACGACUCCUUCGAUGUGGAUCUCCCCAGCUACUUCACGACCACCAGGCGGUACGUGGUCAUUCUGAUCGACGGCCGUGGGUCUGCCUGCCACGGCGACAGGAUGCUCUUCUCCGUCUACCGCAGGCUGGGCACCGCAGAAGUCGAGGACCAGAUCAUCGUCACCAAGAAGCUGCUGCAGAAGUACCCUUUCAUCGACCGCUCACGCAUUGGCGUUUGGGGCUGGAGCUACGGCGGCUACACUGCGGCCAUGGUCCUGGCCCGGGACGACAAGAAUAUCUUCAAGUGCGGCGUCUCUGUGGCGCCCGUCAUCAGCUGGAUAUACACUGACUCCUUGUACACCGAGGCGUACAUGAGCUACCCCACGCCGGAUGACAACGAAGCUGGCUACAACGAGAGUGACGUCACGCGGCUGGCAGCGCGGUUCGCCAAGAAGAAGUUCCUGCUGGUGCACGGGACAGCGGACGACGUCGUCUUCCAUCAGAACUCCGCCAUGCUGGCCAGGGCCUUGGAGGAAGCCGGCGUGCUCUUCAAGGAGCAGAUUUACCCUGACGAGUACCACUGGCUUCUCAGCCGGAAGCAUCACCUGUACAGCACCAUGGACCAGUUCUUCCGAGAGUGCUUCGACAGAUCGUAUCUUCUGAUCGAUAUUUUACGAGAAAUGGUUGCUUCGCAGCAUCAAUGAUUCGUAUUUUUAUAUUCACUCGAUAUAAAAUUACUGGCGACUCUGACAACAAGGAAAGGAAAGCGUGACAGUAACAAGACGAAAGUAUUCGCUUCUAAGGACUAGGUGCUAUUUGACGGCGGUAUUACGUCGUGUCCAGUGUAUCUUCACAGGAACGAGGCUACGGCUGCAGCAGCCCGCAUCACACUGCUUUCCCGAAGCGUCUCAGCCACUUGCCUCCUAAAUCCAGUUUCAUUAGAGAACCGCGUGAAAAGAGGCAAGAGGACUAUUUAUAAUGCUAACUAGGGCGACUCCCAUCAAUCUGAAUACAGAAACUUUCAGUUGUAAUUGCUUUGCCACCCAGAAAAAAAUUGCUAAGGUUGCAGGCAUAACUGCCCACUAUGCAAAAAACAUCAACUACUUUUGCGUGUAAGGCCAGGAAUUAGCUUUAAUGGAUCGCUUUUGUUGAGAAAAUGUGCUAUCUCUUAUCACGUAAGCAAUCCAACGCUUGCGAGGACUGCUGUAGUGUCCGAAGGAAAAUGUACACCCUCUUGGUCAUUGGCCACUAAUUAACUCUUAAUGUUGUGAUUAUUCAGUUUCUCCUGCCGUAUUUCUUGCUCGAACAGUGCACAGGUGUACUGCCGGUCCAUAGUGUCCAACGGGCCCAAUAUUUCGGCGAGCAGACAUGUCGCCAUCGUCAGGUGCGCUGCCCCCCGCCCUCAGGAGCUCUGUUCGUCAGCGCACCUGACCAUGGCGACAUGUCUGAUCGCCGAAAUAUUGUGCCCGUUGGACACUAUGGACCGGCAGUACACCCGUGGACUGUUCGAGCUCUUUGUUGUCUGUCGCUGAGACGAAACACAUCUCACUCAUUACUAGGUGUACCGUGUGACGAAACGCUCCAUGUUAAAGCCAUGUGCGGAUCGGAACAUUUCGGACUGAGAUAUCUGUCUUUCGUGGCAUUUUCCUGCCGUUUGAGUUGUACAGAGUGCAGUUCCCACUGACCGAAUCACUGAUGGCUCGGCUGCACAAAUUCAAGCUUCGGUCUGCAUACAGCUUAACUUGUCACAAAUAUUUCACUGUAUCUUUGCUACGAAAGUUAUAUUAUCAAUCUGUCUAGUUUGAAAUUACGUACCGUAAACAGUAAUUUUCCACCAUCGUACUGUAUGUGGCUGCAGUUGUCCUCCAAAUGUGCAAGUAGCGGUGGAAGCAUUUUACGAAUAGUUCUUCCAAAUGAUCCCGUAUGUUCGUCACGCCAAUUUCCCUAUCGGCGUUAAUUCACUUUUCCAAAAUUAAAAAUCAUAAAUAUCACUUCACAGUGCCGAAUCACGUCAAAAAAGUUCUCUGCUUCAAUUGAACCGUUUCUGUUCAGAUGCGUUCUCAACAAUCUCAUCUGACAGGAGAUUGCUGAGAUUUUUCUCCGACAUUUCAUCCAGUGCAGUCCAUUUCCUGUAUUACGCCUGCUGGAAUCGCCAACAAUUGUGAAAUAACCCAACACAUUGCUCAUCAUGAUAAAGUACGCCACGUACAACUAAACUGACUUCUCUCGAUUAUUUACGGUGCAGUUACGAACAAUAAAUUAAAAUUUCUAUGGUAAUACAAGGCUAAUAUCAUAUGUCAUGUAAUUAUUCUUCUUCACAAGUAAGAAUACAUGUUUUAAUAAACAGUGUUUUCUCC